CUCGCCGUUGGUGCUCGAGAUAAAUCAAAAUCCGAAACUGCAAGCUCUAGACAACAAGCCGACUCCACUCAGACCACUCCAACGACAAAUCUCUUCCAUCCCCUUCAUUUGAACCUUCACCAAGGCAAAGGUUUGAGUGGAUGGUUUUGAAUAAAAUGGGAGCGAAUCGUACAUAGCCUGUCGAGAGUGGUGUGACUCACAUCAGCAUCGUUAGAAGACGUAUCGAUCAUUCUGGUCAUCUGGGGAUUUAAAGAUUAGGCAAAUACAUUGUGAAAUAGGUGUGCGUUCUAUAUGUUCUGCUAGGUGAUAGAGAUGAGACAAUCAGGACAUUAUGGUGAUUCCGGUGGCAAUGCUUAUGUUGCCGCUCAGACGCAGAAUAUGUCCGUUCAGAGAAUGGAACACAAGUCUGGUCAGUACCAAGGACGGCCAGAGUCAUUGGCUUCUGAGAAGGAUCAUUCAUAUGGGACUUCAAAAGCGGAUGGACAUUUAAGAUGGCAAAGAGAUGGAUCAAAAGCACCAAAUGCAAUGUCAUCUCCUUUGUAUAAUGAUGGCAAGUGUUGUUCUUUUGUUUUUGUGAUAGAGAUGAGACAAUCAGGACAUUAUGGUGAUUCCGGUGGCAAUGCUUAUGUUGCCGCUCAGACGCAGAAUAUGUCCGUUCAGAGAAUGGAACACAAGUCUGGUCAGUACCAAGGACGGCCAGAGUCAUUGGCUUCUGAGAAGGAUCAUUCAUAUGGGACUUCAAAAGCGGAUGGACAUUUAAGAUGGCAAAGAGAUGGAUCAAAAGCACCAAAUGCAAUGUCAUCUCCUUUGUAUAAUGAUGGCAAGUGUUGUUCUUUUGUUUUUGUUCUUUAUUAA